CGAGACGCGCCCGCGGAGGAAGCGGCGGGGCGCGGCCCGGAAGCGGUGCCGCUGUGGUGCCGCUGUGGAGCCGAGCGCCCGCCGAGACGCCCCGAGCGCAGCAUGGCCGAGCCCGACCCCAAGAGCGUGCAGGACCUCACCGCUGUGGUGCAGACGUUGCUUCAGCAAAUGCAGGACAAAUUUCAAACCAUGUCUGACCAAAUAAUUGGACGAAUUGAUGACAUGAGCUGUCGCAUAGAUGACCUGGAGAAAAAUAUAGCAGACCUCAUGACACAAGCCGGAGUCGAAGAACUGGAAGGCGAGAACAAGACCCCUGCUACUAACAAGAGUUAAAGUGAGACAACCGCUUGCUAGCCUUGAAACAAAUCCUCAGGUUGCCAAUAACUUAAGAUGAAUGCUGGAAGACUUUUUUUUUCUACAAGCCCUUGGAAUUACCGAACAGCUUUUUGCAACUACUGUGUGUAAAAGCAUUUUUAUAUUGUUACAGAGCUUGCAUUCCUAAUGUAUAUUGUAUAGGUAGGAGUAGGUUAGUUUAUAUUUUGAUUUGUGUACUGUAAUUUCACUCUGAAUUCUUGUUAUGAGAAUCAAUUAGUUAUUAAAACACAGAUCUUAUGGAUCUCAA